GAGUAGUUGAUGCUGGAGCCCCGAGCAGCAGCAGCAGCAGUCUGCUCUGCCAGUCCGUCAGAGCGACCAGUCAUCAACAUCCCCUGAAAGUGCGAGGAGCUGCAACGCUAUGUGGAGCUGAGCUCACGGUGUACGGUUUCAACCAGAGCAGGGUACGACAUUCGUGGACAUGAGGACACCUGCUACUGCGACUUCUUCCAAAAGGCGGACCGUCAAUCCCGAGUGGCAUCGUUUUUCACCGAGCGAAUGAGAAAGAAUCGUCAUGAACAUUUUCCUGCUGACCAGUCACUCCUUCACUGAGGGACCUCGGCCGUUUUUUUGGUUUCUGGACUUACCAAUACAGGGAUGAGAUAAUAAAGUCAGCCAGCUUGUGCAUGCUGCUACAACAACACCACCUGUGGCACCUGUAAACGCACCUUACCCUGCCCCCCUAAACCCUCCCCAAGCUAAUUUCAAUUGAACAGUCGAAACAUGACGACACCAGCUCUCCUGCCGCUGUCAGGCCGCAGGAUACCCACUCUGUCGCCGGGGGCCUCCUCUUUCCCGCACCACAGAGCUACAUUGAGGCUCUCUGAGAAGUUCAUCCUCCUCCUCAUUCUUAGUGCCUUCAUCACCUUAUGCUUCGGGGCCUUCUUUUUCCUCCCGGACAAUUCCAAGCACAAGCGCUUUGACCUGGGCUUGGAGGAUGUGCUCAUCCCUCAUAUUGACUCGCCCAAAGAGGGGAAGCACGCUUCAGGACAGGUGGUCAUACAUGGACAGGGAGGACAUGACGAGCACAGACACAGGGAGGAGGAGGAGAGCCUGCGGGACAAGAUUCGGGCAGACCAUGAGCGAGCACUGCAGGAGGCAAAAGAGAAGCUGAGAAAGUCACGCGAGGAGCUGCAGGCUGAGAUCCAGACAGAGAAGAACAAAGUAAUGGAGGACCUGAAAAAGAAGGAUGCGGGGCCUAAACCUCUGCCACCCGUCCCCAUGCCCAAAGUAGUGGGCGUCAGUGAUGGUGAGCCACCAGAGCCUGACGCCAAGGAGAAACGCGACAAGAUAAGAGAGAUGAUGAAGCAUGCAUGGGACAGCUACAGACAGUAUGGCUGGGGUCAUAACGAGCUGAAGCCCCUCGCCAAAAAAGGACAUUCCACAAAUAUCUUUGGCAAUUCCCAACUAGGGGCGACCAUUGUGGAUGCCUUAGACACCCUCUACAUCAUGGGUCUGCACGAGGAGUUCAAGGACGGCCAGGAGUGGAUCGAACAGAACCUGGACUUUGGAGUGAAUGCUGAGGUGUCUGUGUUUGAAGUCAACAUUCGUUUCAUUGGAGGACUGCUUGCCGCCUACUACCUCUCUGGACAGGAAGUAUUCAAGCUGAAGGCGGUCCAGCUAGCUGAGAAGCUGCUUCCUGCCUUCAACACCCCCACAGGAAUCCCCUGGGCUAUGGUCAACCUUAAGAGUGGUGUUGGUCGUAACUGGGGUUGGGCGUCGGCAGGCAGCAGCAUCCUGGCUGAGUUUGGGACUCUCCACAUGGAGUUUGUCCACCUCACCUACCUGACAGGAAACCCCGCCUACUACCAGAAGGUGAUGCACAUCCGGAAGCUGUUAGCCAAAAUGGACAGACCCAACGGGCUCUACCCAAACUACCUGAACCCUCGUACCGGACGCUGGGGACAACACCACACCUCAGUUGGAGGACUUGGGGACAGUUUUUAUGAGUACCUGCUGAAGGCAUGGCUUAUGUCAGACAAGACCGAUACAGAAGCCCGCAAGACCUAUGAUGACGCCAUCGAGGCCAUCGAGCGGCACUUGAUACGCAAAUCCAACGGCGGCCUGACAUUCAUUGGUGAGUGGAAGAACGGCCACCUGGAGAGGAAGAUGGGCCACCUGGCUUGCUUCGCCGGCGGCAUGUUUGCGUUGGGUGCUGAUGGCUCGCCCGACGACAAGGCCGGACACUACCUGCAGCUGGGAGCUGAGAUCGCACACACCUGCCACGAGUCCUACGACAGGACGGUGUUGAAGCUUGGCCCGGAGGCCUUUAAGUUCGACAGCGGCCUGGAGGCGGUGGCCGUACGGCAGAACGAAAAGUACUACAUCCUGCGGCCGGAGGUCAUCGAGACCUACUGGUACAUGUGGAGGUUCACCCACGACCCCAAAUAUCGACAGUGGGGCUGGGAGGCAGCACAGGCCAUUGAUAAGUACUGCAGGGUGAGCGGAGGUUUCUCGGGGGUGAAGGAUGUCUACUCCUCCAACCCGACCUAUGACGAUGUGCAGCAGAGCUUCUUCUUGGCUGAGACGCUCAAGUAUCUGUACCUGUUGUUCUCCAGCGACGACCUGAUGCCGUUUGAGAGUUGGGUCUUCAACACUGAGGCUCACCCACUUCCUGUCCUCCACCUGGGCAACAUCACCCUGCCUGGCAGCGAGCCGGCUCAGCGGUAGACGGACCGGCCGUCUUCCUCCACCUCAACACCAGGAGGCGUCACUGUAUGCCCGCCGGCCUGCCCAGAAUCCCACCCGCCAACACUGGACAAACUCACAUUCAACUCUACAGACUCUCCAACUGCUUUUGGACUGCAGACGUUAGCCAGAGGAGAGGGAGGCAGAGCCUCGCACGCAGACCACUGCAGCGUGGAGAGGACUUUGAGUCUCCCUCGCUUCUUCAUGUUUUACUCUUUGACACUCUCUGUCCAUCUCUCUGUCUUCUCUGCUUUAAUCAGAAAGACGGUGGGUGUUGCUGCUCAGCCUCAUGACUGGCUUGAAUUGACUCUGAAGGACCGAGCUCCAAAUCUGGAAGCUUCGUUUUGUUAUUAUUUUUGGUGUUGAUUUGAGAUUUGACCAAGCUUUUCUCUACAGACUCAAGGCACUGAGAGUGCAGUAUGGGAUUUUUGGUGAAGGAUUACGCUGUCGGUUUGACACCGUACUGAUGGAAGUGUCGUUUUUUUCUAGGCAGACAGACUUGAGGACUUUACAGGGUCUGUGGAUAAUUAUAUUUUUUCCCGUUUGAACAAAUCUUUAAUGGGGACACAGGGUUGAAUCAAAACCCAUUCGCUUCUCCCUGAACCUAACCCCUGCCCAUUCCACUUCCUGUUUACUCUUCAUCGGAUGAACUGUGACCUGGAAACGUUAGCAGCUCGUCACAUCUUCAGUGGGAGGGUAGGUUGCGGCAUCAAUCGCCCCCUCCUCCUUCUCUUCCUCCUCUUCUUCUUCUCCUCCUUUUGCAGAAAAGUGGACCAUUGUGAGUGGAACGGUAACUUCACGGUGACGGCAGCAGGCCUCCCCAUCUCCACCACUCUCCACCUCGACAUCUUUCCAGAUUCCCCCUCCUCCAGUUAGAGACGUCACCGAGCCACAACCCCAAACAUUCUGCUGCUACUCGUUUGGGUGCUGCUUUUCUUAUUUUCUUUUUUCUUUUCUUUUAUCUCUCCCCUCCACCUUAUCUCUAUCAACUCUUCUGUCCUCUCUUACGGUCUUACCGGUCAGGUCACACAUUGUGAAAUGAGGCUAGAACCCAACAAUGCUUGCGCGUGCGUGCGUGUGUUUAAAAUAACCUCUGCUGUAAAUCAUUUAUUUGUGCACUUUGAAUGGAAAGACUAUGAAGAAGAGGAAAAUAGAAGUGUAGCACUGAAAGCGCUGAAUCGACGACGUCUACCUGCUGAGCUCCCCAUGCCAUAUUUGCUCUGUUCAACCCCAUAUCAACAGUUGGACCACCUAACUUAACUGUAAGUUGCAUGAACUGAUGCUGAUAUUAAAAUUCUCCAUCUCCAUCAUCUUUACAACUUUUUCCUCUGUCCCUCUCUUAUUUUCUGCUUUUUUCUGUAUUUUGUCAUGUCUUCCCCUCUCUUCCAUUUUAACUUCUACCUCUCCCUGUCAAAAAAAAUAGUUACUUUACAGAUUAUUUUGACUCUUUUCGUCAUAACAUCAAACAAACGUCAAAACGUUAAAAUACUAAAGUCUUAAGGUCUGGGAAAAGUCUGAAAUUCAAAAAAAGGAGAGAGCAAAAUCAGUUACAUUGUUGGCAAAUUUGUUGCUGCAGAAGACAAAAGCAUCUCAUUCCUGUUAACGUAGAUACUGAAAUUUAGCAACUCAAACGUAAACCUCAGCAUUCAUUCAUUAAAUAUUUCAAACCCUAGAACGUUAGUCAGACCUGCUCCUAUAGUUGCUUGAUUUAAAAAGAAAGGAGGAAAGAGAAAUGUUUGCAUUUUAAAUAGAACUCAGUUUUUCUUACAAGUGAAAAGUGAUGAUGCAAAAAAAAUAUGAGAGCAGCAGCAAAUAUGACAGUGGUGUGAGCUCAAAACAAUGUCGCCGAACCGCAAGAAAUGUUAACGAGAAGGGAGGCAAACGGGCAGCGGAAGGGAGGACAUGAUGAUGACUACCUGUUUCCUGUUGUAAUGAGUGAGACUGCAGGAGUCCCAUUGAGCUCAAAUAAUCUAAUAUUACAUCAACCAUUUACUUUUCAAGAAGUCAAACUUUCAGUCAAACCACUUUGUGUUGUUGCCGCACCACCAAUGUCAAAAACUACAUCCCCCAUCAGCAAAAUGCUUUUCAUUUUAAUUUUUUUUUUUUUUUUUUUUUACUAAAGUCUGAUCCACCAUCCAUGUUGGUAGAGAUUCAACCAGGGUGUUAUGUUCUUGAAAAAUAGGUCAAUUAGUUUAAAAAGUAAAAAUAAAAAAUGGGCUCAAUGAACCCUGUGCGCGUGUGUGUGUGUGUGUGUGUGUGAGAAAGAGAAUAUCUGUGUUGUGUGCGUAUUAACUGAUUGGUUUAGAUAAAGAGAGGAAACUGAGCAGGAUUCAGCUACUAAGGAUGAUUCUUGUGCAGUCGGUCCAGCUGAAGAGUCGGUAUUUGCACUAAACCAGGAGAAAAAAAAAGUGUGUCUGUUUAAUUCUUUUCGAGCCUUAUUGUCAGAUGUGCGAUGCCUUGGCCAAUACUGUACUCUUUCACAUCAUUUGCUUUAUGUUUUGUAAUACAUCAUUAUGAUACACAUUUCGUCCUUGUUUUUGUCUGCACAAACACCGUCUGUCCUCUGACGUGCAGGUAGAUGCAGACGCUGUUAUGGAGUAAAAAGAUGACAACUACAAGUGCAAAGAAAACCGUUCAGAUCAUCAAAAUGACAGAAACUGGCUUUGACAUGUUUAAUAAAGGUUCUCUUAAAAUGUAUUAAUAUGCUGACUUACAGCUGACUGUAUCCCCACAUGUCCUCAAGAGGCACUUCCAAAGGCAGUAAGUCAACUGUUCAUCCGUCAAUAAAGUCACUCUGUAUGCAGAAAGUAAAGUUGGAUACAGUACUUUUACAACAACAGGCAUCAAGGAUUAAAUAGAAUAAUUGAUAGAUUUUGAGUUUGUUUUUGGCAGCGUUCUCUUUCUAUUUUGCUUCAAAAUGCUGCUCAUAUCAAGGGUACAAGGGGUGGACAGUGGCACUACGACCUACUGAAAGUUCAGAUUUAAAGGACAAAGCUGGAGAUAUUCUUUACAAUUAAUUCCAUGAAAAGACUAAAAUCCACAAUGAAUUGAUCUAACCGUGUGUAUCCAAAGCCGGAUUUUCUUCCUCUGUGCCACAGAGCUCAAAAAAAAAAAAAGUUCCUUCAUAACCAUGAAAACCCACUGUAGUGCUCCCCCAAAUAAUCACUAAAGCAUCAAAUGUGGAUUGAUCCGCGUCUGAAAAUAGUCCCCAACAAAUGCACUAUUAAAUCUUUCUUGAGCAGCAUUUGCUAAAAAAACUACAGCCUCAAUUUUUUUAUUUUUUAUUAUUUAAUUAAACUAUAUUUUCAGCUUGAUUAGACGUUAAUGGUAUAAUCACUUGCUUUCAGAAAUAUCUCAGUCCAAACUAAGAAAAUGUAAGUAGAAGUUAGACAUUUUUGAAAAAUGUCUUAAAAUCUUAGUUGGGUUCAAGGCCCAACGGCGUUGAUCAAGCUACUAGCCAACGGUCAGGUCAAUGUUUAUAUUUAAUCCAUCCACCUUUUUGAAAUAAAUGACCCACAUCCGUCCUCUCAGUUCUCUUCAGUGACAUCGGUCAGUGUUAUUCCCUCCAUCAUCCAUUCAGGAUCAUCUUCUCUUUCAUCUCUGGUGGCACUCAACUCGACCUUGAUGCGGUAAAGUCUCGGCUCUCGGUAUUUAUCCCCCGGUCUCUGACAUCACACUGACAUCAUCACCACCUAUACACCACCUACACACCACCUGUAUCUGAUGGGGCCAUGAAGUUGCUGGAAGCGCCGUUCAUUUUGAAAAUUGAGUGUUCUGUAUUUGUAUUUUUACUGAACUAAAAAAAAAAAAAAAAAAUCUAAUUAAAGUAUAUGUAAAUAUGUUUAAAACUGAGACACAAAUUCAAUAAAGAUGUUAUGGAAAGUGA